GUGGACUUCCCCAAAGUCCCUGGCUUUGGCUCCUGGACGGUGUCUUGCAGAGGAGGCGGCGACGGCGGCGGCGGGCGGAGAGGAAGCCAGGGAAGCGUCUCCAGCUUGAGCCGAUGCAGCCCUUCGGCUCCGCGCGGGGAGCGUCCUGGCCCCGAUGAGCCCCCUCCGUGCGUCCCCGACAGCCGAGCGGCGGGAGUGUGGAGCGGGGCCAGACGCGGACGGUCGCUGCCGUCUUGCCCUUGGGGAUAGGAUGUGGUGAGAGAAUGGGGCUUCUCCCUCCCGGGGGUCACCAUGGCCAGAGAAGAUUCCGUCAGGUGCCUGCGCUGUCUGCUCUACGCCCUCAAUCUGCUCUUUUGGUUAAUGUCCAUCAGCGUGUUGGCAGUUUCUGCUUGGAUGAGGGACUACCUAAGUAAUGUUCUGACUUUAACUGCAGAAACAAGGGUAGAGGAGGCUGUCAUCGUGACUUACUUCCCCGUGGUCCAUCCGGUCAUGAUUGCCGUUUGCUGUUUCCUUAUCAUUGUGGGGAUGCUAGGAUACUGUGGAACAGUGAAAAGAAACCUGCUGCUUCUUGCAUGGUAUUUUGGAAGUUUACUUGUCAUUUUCUGUGUGGAACUGGCUUGUGGUGUUUGGACAUAUGAGCAGGAAAUUAUGCUUCCAGUACAGUGGUCAGACAUGGUCACUUUGAAAGCCAGAAUGACGAAUUAUGGCUUACCUAGAUACCGCUGGCUUACUCACGCUUGGAAUUUUUUUCAGAGAGAGUUCAAGUGCUGUGGAGUGGUGUAUUUCACCGACUGGCUGGAAAUGACAGAGAUGGACUGGCCCCCAGAUUCCUGCUGCGUUAGGGAAUUCCCAGGAUGUUCCAAACAGGCCCACCAGGAAGAUCUCAGUGACCUGUAUCAAGAGGGUUGUGGGAAGAAAAUGUACUCCUUUUUGAGAGGAACCAAACAACUGCAGGUGCUAAGGUUUCUGGGGAUCUCCAUUGGAGUGACACAAAUCCUGGCCAUGAUUCUCACCAUCACUUUGCUCUGGGCUCUCUAUUAUGAUAGGAGGGAGCCUGGGACAGACCAAAUAAUGUCCCUGAAGAAUGACACGACUCAGCACCUGUCAUGUCACUCAGUGGAACUGUUGAAACCAAGCCUGACGAGGAUCUUUGAACACACCUCCAUGGCAAACAGCUUCGAUACACACUUUGAAAUGGAGGAAUUAUAGAGCAUGUCAAAGAAGGAAACCACCCAGUUAUUUUAUUUUACUUGUGAAUUUUUGAGCACAGAGUUGUUCCAGAAAUGUGUAGAAAUAAAAAUGUCAUAAAUCGA